UCUCGCUCGCUGCUCGCAACCUGUGCUGCAGGGAUUUCAGCCAGCACAAAAAUCUCUUCUUGCUGGAACUUCUCGGCGCGUCUCCCCUUCGCCAGCACCAUGGAUCUGCAGCGCGUGGGGAGCUGCGCGGGGACCGAGGGCUCGGCGGAGAGAGCAGCAAGAGGAUAAGUUUCCAGAGCCGUCUCUCCUGCUGCAACAGGAUCCAAGGAGACUACUCCCCUCGCACACCAUGGGAAUUGCUACAACGAAGCGUGUCUUGAGCUCUGCUUUAUUUCUGAUGCAUUGUCUGGCCUGCGGGGGGCGCUCUGAGAAAGGCAGCUCCUCCCCCUUGCACUUUACUCACCCUUUUUAUAACGCCACAAUCUACGAGAAUUCUGCCCCCAAGACCUACGUCGAGAGCUAUGUCAAAAUGGGCAUUCACGUGACAGACCCAGCGUGGGCCAUCAGAUACCGAAUCGCUUCUGGGGACAGCGACAGCCUCUUUAAAGCCGAGGAGCACAUGGUUGGGGAUUUCUGCUUCUUGAGGAUCAGAAUGAGGAGCGGGAACACGGCGCUUUUAAACAGGGAGGUCCAAGACCGUUACCUGUUAAUAAUUCAAGCGACAGAGAAAGCUUUUGCCUAUGACAGCUGGGCCAAAGUGCUGAUCCGCAUUCUGGACAGGAAUGACUUGAAACCUCUCUUCUCACCCCCCUCAUACAAAGUCAUCGUCGGAGACGACACGCCCCCGAAAACCGCCAUCAGCGUGGUCAGCGCCACGGAUGCCGACGUGGGUCAGAAUGCAGAGUUCUAUUACACUCUCCACACCCGCUCACACUUGUUCACGGUGCACCCUACCAGUGGCGUAGUGAUGACAGCCGGGAAGCUGAACAGCACCCACCGAGGGAAACACCAGCUGCAGGUCCUGGCUGUGGACAGAAUGAGGAAAAUCUCAGAGGGCAAUGGAUUUGGAAACCUGGCUAGUCUGGUGGUCCAAGUGGAGCCAUCUGUCCGGAAGCCCCCAGCUAUUACUUCAGUGAUAGUGACACCAUCUGACUCUGAUGAGGACCUCCUGUAUGCCACGUUGUUUGUGGACGCGAAUGGUUCAGAAGCCGGGGUCGAUUCAGUUGAUAUUGUGGCCGGAGAUCCAGGAAGACACUUCAAAGCCAUCAAAUCCUUUGUUGGGAGCAAUGAAUUCAUGAUCGUGUCCACCAAAGAGAUCGACUGGCUGGCUAACCCCUGGGGUUUCAAUCUCAGUCUGCAGGCCACGGACAAGAGCAAACCACCUCUGACCUCUCAGGUUCGAGUUAUCCACAUCCCUCCUUCCAAGUACGUCUCAGCCAGAUUUGAGCAGGAAGUGUACAGGGCCCGGCUCAGUGAAUUUUCCCCACCUGGGAGCCAAGUUACUAUGGUUAAAGUCACUCCAGUCUUCCCACAUCUGAAGUAUAUUUUGAGACCCACUCCCGACAGCACAGGGUUUAAAAUCAACCCUCAAACUGGGCUGAUCACGACUGUCAGAAGGAUGGACUUCCAAGACCAGUCUCACUUUGAACUUGAAGUUACAACAGCCAACAGUCAGGCCUAUGCGGCUGUGGUCAUUGAUGUCACUGAUUGCAACAACCACGCUCCAAGUUUUACUCAGUCUUCGUACCGCGACAGCUUCAAUGAAAACCUUCCGCCUGGCACCAGCAUCUUAACAGUGAAGGCUACCGACCUUGACCAGGGGGAGAAUGGGAUUGUCACCUACACCAUAGCCAACAAGAGAGCUGCUCCAUUCGUUAUUGAUCCAUUUUCAGGUGUCAUCUCCACCUCCAAGCCAAUGGACUAUGAACUGAUGCAGAGAUGGUACCAUCUGCGUGUCUGGGCAUCAGACUGGGGCUCCCCCUUCCGCCAUGAGACCGAAGUUUAUGUUUCCCUCAUCUUGAGCAACCUUAAUGACAAUGCCCCAGUAUUUGAGAAAGCCAACUGCAGUGGAAGCAUCCCCCGGAACUUAUCGAUCGGGCAUCCCGUGGUCACUGUAUCCGCCAUUGAUGUAGAUGAGCUGCAGCAUGUCAAAUACAAAAUCCUUUCAGGCAACGAACUGCAGCAUUUUGACAUGAAUCCCAUCUCUGGGGUCCUCUCCCUUAGAACCUCACUCAGAGAUCUACCUGCCGGACAACCGCCCUUCUAUUCUCUGCAAAUAACUGCAACGGACGGAGAGAAUGAUGCUUUGCCUACAUCCGUGAACAUCACUGUGGUUAGCUCAGACUUCCCAGUCCACAUGCAGUGCGAGGAGACAGGGGUACUGCAACAGCUAACGGAGAAUAUAAUCCACUCCAUUGAAUCUCUGUCUCAGGACCAAGGACUGGAGGAGGAAACCGCUGUGAACCUGUAUCACGUGAAUCAUCAUGCACCCCGGUUUGAGGACAACUUUCCAAGGUCUAUCGAUGUCCUGGAGACAGUCCCAGUCAACUCAACCAUUGUUGACCUGGCAGCGGUUGACCCCGAUCCUGGCUUUCACGGCAAACUGGUAUAUGUGAUCGCUGAUGGGAAUGAGGACAGUUGCUUUACAAUUGACAUAGAAAGGGGUUUCCUCCAUGUUCUCUCCCCUUUAGACCAUGAACGAACAAGCUUCUACAUCCUUAACAUUACUGUGUAUGACCUGGGCACGCCUCAGAAGUCAUCGUGGAAACUCUUGGCAGUCAACGUGUUGGACGCCAACGACAAUGCUCCAAAAUUCUCACAAGGGGCAUACUGGGCAGCGAUACCAGAAGAUGUCACAAAAGGGACCACUGUCGCGCAGGUCAGAGCGGAAGAUGCUGAUACAGAUGACAACGGGAAGGUGAAAUAUUCCCUCCUAACCCCCACUGAUAAAUUUGCCAUUAACAGUGUCACUGGGGAGGUGACAGUAACGGGCCCCCUGGACAGAGAAUUGUGGCCUCGCUAUAUGCUAAAAAUUGAAGCCAGGGACCAGCCUAGAAUGGGCCACCAGCUGUUUUCAGUCACUGAUCUGGUUGUGACUUUGGAAGAUGUAAAUGACAAUCCCCCACGCUGCCUCCCAGCCCAGAACCAUGUGAAGGUCCCUGAAGACCUGCCCCUAGGGACCAUUCUUCUCUUCCUAGAAGCCUUUGAUCCUGACACUGGCUCUGGGGGAGAGGUAAAAUACAGUCUUAUCAACAAUGAGGAGAGGACGUUCCACAUGGAUAGGCUGACGGGGGCUCUCCAGGUGGAGAAAGAGCUGGAUUAUGAGACGCGGGAUUUCUACAAUCUGACCGUGCAUGUCAGCGACGGCGGGAGGCCAGUCUCUCGCUCUUCAUUCUGCCACGUGGCGCUUGAUGUCCUGGAUGUCAAUGAGAACCUGCACCCGCCUCACUUUACCUCCUUUGUGUUCAGCGGCUGGGUGCAGGAGAACAGCCCAGAGGGCACAUCGGUGAUGACAGUAACAGCUCAGGAUGGCGAUAAGGGGAAGGAUGGAGAACUCCAAUAUUCCAUCAGAGAGGGCACUGGCCUAGCUGUCUUCCACAUUGAAGAGGACACAGGUACAAUUCAGACGGUGGGACCGCUGGACCGAGAAUCCACAUCUCACUACUGGCUGACCGUGUUAGCUGUUGACCGGGGUUCCGUUCCUCUGUCCUCUGUGGCCGAGGUUUAUAUUGAAGUCACCGACAUCAAUGACAACCCGCCCCAGAUGUCGAGACCCAUCUUUUUUGCCUCUGUCAUGGAGAACUCCCCAGUGAAUACUUCUGUCCUUCAGCUUGAUGCCAGGGACCCUGACUCCAGCUCCACAGGGAAGCUGACUUUCCAAAUCCUACAUGGAAAUGCUCAUGCGUGCUUCACCAUUAAUCCUGUCACAGGCCUGAUUUCCACCGGUUCUCAGCAGCUGGAUCGAGAACACAAGGCUGAGCAUAUCCUGGAGGUUGUGGUUUCGGACAACGGAGACCCGACCUUGAAGUCUACUGCCAAAGUUGUGGUCCAGGUCCUGGAUGCCAACGACAACCCUCCCAGCUUCCCCCACAAGCUCUUCAUGGUUCAGCUCCUAGAGAGAGCUGCGUCUGAGUCGCCAUUGCCAGUCUGCAGGGUGAUCGCCUCCGACCGUGAUGUGGGGCAGAAUGGACAGGUCACCUAUAGCAUUGAGGAGAAUGAGGAAGGGAUAUUCACCAUCAGCCCUGGGACAGGCGUGCUGUUCUCCAGAAAGGCUUUCCUGGCCUCGGAAUACAACAUCCUAACGGUCAAGGCGACAGACAACGGCAGCCCCCCACUUUCCGCCAGCGUGCGGCUUCACAUCAGUUGGGUCGCCCGCCCGGGCCCUUCCUCAGAGCCACUCGCUUUCGACGAGCCCCAUUUUAACUUUGCGGUGAUGGAAACGGACCCUGUGAACCACAUGGUGGGAGUGAUCAGUGUUGAGAUUGGACCCAGCCCGCUCUGGUUUACCAUCACAGGUGGCGACGAUGACAUGGAUUUUGAUAUUGAAAAGAGCACCGGCAGCAUGGUCAUUGCGAGAGCCCUCGAGGCAAAGAAGAAGCCAAGCUAUAACCUUACAGUGGAAGUCACUGAUGGGUCGAGUUUCAUCAGGACCCAGGCCUACAUCCAUGUGAUUGACAUUAACGAGCACCGCCCCCAGUUCCUGGACAGCCAUUAUGAGGUGACAAUUCCCGAGGACACGCCCCCCGGGACAGAAUUCCUUCGGGUCAGCGCCACAGACGAGGACAAAGGGAAGGGUUUGAUCUACACCCUCCAUGGCAGCGUGGACCCCAGAAGCACCCGGCUCUUCCAGCUGGAGCCAAGCAGUGGAGCCCUCCGGACGGCAGAAGGGCUCAGUACUCAAUCCAUGCUGCGGCACAUCUUAACCGUGAUGGUGCGGGACCAGGAAGUGCCCAUCAAGCGGAACUUUGCCAGGGUUGUCAUCCACGUGGAGAACUGUAACGUUCACCCUCCCCGGUUCACCCGCCACCACUAUGAAGCAGAGGCCCUCGACUCGGCGACCGUAGGCACCGAGGUGGUUCAAGUCCGAGCCCUGGACCAGGACCAAGGGGUGAACGCUGAAAUCCGCUACUCUCUUCAGGCAGGUGACAGUGAGGGGUUCUUCAGCAUUGACUCCAUCUCUGGAAUUAUUACAGUUUCCCAGAAACUGGACCGGUUCAAGGCAGAGCGGUUAACGCUUGUUGUCAAGGCAGAAGAUCAAGGGUUCCCCCCACUUACGGACUCCACAACUGUCCACGUUCACAUUAAACCCUCUGACCGCACUCCUCCUAAAUUCUCAGAGGCGGAAUACAUUGCGGAGAUCAGUGAAUCUACUGCACCUGGCUCACCUCUUCUCCUGGUUUCAGCCACAAGCAUGUCCCCAGUCAGCUAUGACAUAAAAGAAGGAAAUGAGGGUGGCGUGUUCUCCAUGAACUAUCAAUCAGGCCUUAUCUCCACUCAGAAGAACUUAGAUUUUGAGCAAGUCUCGUCUUAUCAGCUGAAAGUCCGAGGCACCAACAUGAGAGGAGCAUUUACGGAUGUGGCCGUGUUUAUCUACGUCAUAGACGAGAACGACAAUGCGCCUGCUUUUGUGAAGCCUUCCUUCGUUGGCUGGAUCAGUGAGAACGCCCCACCUCAAAGCAUGGUUAUGGAUGAAAACAACGCUCCGCUGGUCACACAAGCAACGGAUGCUGACCAAGAUUCCAAUGCCUUGCUGGUCUAUGAAAUUUUGGAACCGGAAGCACUGAAAUAUUUCACUAUAGAUCCGAGCAUGGGAACGCUUACCGCUCGCACCGAUCUCGAUUAUGAACUCAUCCCGGUUUUCCACUUCAGCAUACGUGUCCAGGACAGGGGCAAUCCCUGUUUAUUUGCAUCCACACCUGCUACGGUCAUCAUCCACGUCCAAGAUGUGAAUGACGCGCCUCCGGUUUUUUUAAAAGACGUGUACAAACUUUCGGUCUCGCUGCCUGCCCAUCCUGGAAUGGAGCUUUUGGCAGUGCGUGCGGAAGAUGCAGAUUCGGAGGUGACGUACAGCCUAGCAGAAGGCAAUCUGGACCAGGCUUUCUUCAUUCACCCACUCACAGGUCUCAUCUCGGUGGUUAAUGCUACGCUCCUGGGAAAUUAUCGUGAGCUCACAGUCAGAGCUAGCGAUGGCUUGUAUAAAAGUACUGCUCUGGUCAGGGUAAAUUUCACUGAACCACAGGUUACCGCCUUAACGUUCGAUCAGGACUUGUACACAGCAACAGUGCAGGAGAACACUACAGAUCAGCAGACUCUGAUUGUGCUUGGAGUCUGUGGAAAUCAGCUAAACGAGCCUCUUUUUUAUUCCCUCUUAAACGGCAAGGAGAGGUUCAACUUGAUCCCAGCUUCAGGAGUGCUGCAGACCAACUGUGUGGAGUUUGACCGUGAAACACAGGACACGUACGAGGUUGCUGUGGAAGUGAAGGACACUAGCAACCCACCAAGGGUGUCUCAGGCGACAGUCCAGGUUUACGUGGAGGAUACCAAUGACAAUCCACCACAGUUUGAGAAUGUGCCGUAUUAUACCUCAGUUCAAGAGGGUAUGGAACCAGGCGAUGUCCUUUUCCAGGUAUUUGCCACUGACAGGGACAUAGGAGAUAACGGAGCCAUUACUUACUCAUUAGCAGAGUUCUAUGAGUACUUCUGGAUUGACCCCUACCUGGGGGACAUCUCGCUCAAGAAACCCCUUGAUUAUCAGGCUUUAAAUAAAUACACGCUUAAAGUUAUCGCGAGAGAUGGCGGCGAGCCACCCUUGCAAGCCGAAGAAGAGGUUUUAAUCACCGUGAGGAACAAAUCCAACCCUUUGUUCCAAAGUCUUUACUAUACCGUGAAAGUGCCAGAAAACAUUCCCCUCUACACGCCUAUUCUCCACACACAAGCUCGUAGUCCUGAAGGAUUACGCCUCAUCUACAACAUCAUGGAGGAAGAGCCCCUUAAACUGUUCAACACCGACUUCAAGACCGGUGUCCUUACUGUCACUGGCCAGCUGGACUAUGAAUCAGAAACAAAACAUACCUUUACGGUGAGAGCCACGGACACAGUGUUGGGGUCCUUCUCGGAAGCCCAGGUGGAAGUGGAAGUGGAGGAUAUUAAUGAUAACCCACCUGUAUUUUCUCAGACGCUUUACAUUGCAUCUGUCACAGAAGGCUUGCCCACUCAGACCUCCGUUGUCCAGCUCUUUGCUUCUGAUAAGGAUUCAGGACGAAACAAAGUAAUUUCCUACCGGAUCUUGGACGACAAUUCAGAUGCUACCAAGUUCUUUAAUAUUGACCCUAAUACGGGAGAAAUAGCAACAGCCCAAGUGCUCGAUCAUGAAACAAACCAUCAGUUUCACAUGAAAAUAAGAGCUACAGAUCACGGCGUGCCCCCCCUGAGCAGCGAAGCCUUGGUGGUCAUCAAUGUGGCAGACGUAAACGACAACCCCCCUGAAUUCAGCCAAGCACAAUAUGAAGCCAAGGUGAGUGAAAUGGCCACCUGUGGCCAUACUGUGGUAAAGGUCCAGGCCCUGGACCCCGACAGCGGAGAUACCACAAGACUGGAGUAUGUGAUCCUCUCGGGCAAUGACAAAAGACAUUUCAUCAUCAACAGCACAUCUGGAGUAAUUUCCAUGCUCAACCGGUGUCGAAAGGACCUGGAGUCAUCUUACAACCUUAGAGUCUCUGCUUCAGAUGGGGUUUUCAAGACCACUGUGCCCGUGUUCAUCAAUACCACCAAUACCAAUAAAUACAGCCCAUCUUUUUGGCAGAAUGUAUAUGAAGCGGAGCUGGCUGAAAAUGCUGAGGUAGGAACCAAGGUGAUUGAGCUUGUGGCUAUUGACCCAGAUGAUGGCCCAUAUGGCACCAUCGAUUAUACUAUCAUCAACAAACUCGCCCAUGAGAAGUUCACCAUAGAUCACAAAGGCCACAUUGCCACACUCCAGAAGCUGGAUCGGGAAAAUUCCACCGAGAGGGUCAUUGCUAUCAAAGUUAUGGCCAAGGAUGGGGGCGGGAAGGUGGCUUUCUGCAUGGUCAAGAUCAUUCUUACAGACGAGAAUGACAACCCGCCUCAGUUCAAAGCAUCCGAAUACACCUUAUCUAUCCAGUCCAAUGUCAGCAAAGGCUCCCCAGUCAUUCAGGUCCUGGCCUACGAUGCUGAUGAAGGUGUGAAUGCAGACGUCACCUAUUCAGUCGAUUCGGUGGACAGCAUUGCGGAAGACAUCGUAGAGAUCAACGCUGCCUCUGGGGUGGUUAAAGUCAAAGAGAGCCUCAUUGGGUUAGAAAAUAGAGCCUUUAACUUCAAAGUCAAAGCUGAAGACAGCAGACCACCUCACUGGAACUCUCGUGUCCCCGUCAGUCUUCAGAUUGUCCCCAGAGAGGUGUCCUUGCCCAGAUUUUCUGAGCCACUGUACACAUUCUCAGCAUCUGAGGACCUUCCAGAAGGAUCAGAAAUAGGAUCCGUGAAAGCUGUGUCAGAGGAGCCCAUCAUAUACAGCCUGGUGAAGGGAACCACGGCGGAAAGCAAUAAGGAAGAGGUAUUCACGCUGGACAAACAAACGGGCACUUUGAAAGUCAAUAAGGCCGUGGAUCACGAGAAGACCAAGUGGUACCAGAUUGACGUCAUGGCUCACUGCUCACACCAGGAGACUGAGCUGGUCUCGUUGGUCUCAGUAAGUAUCCAAGUGAAAGAUGUCAACGAUAACAAACCAGUGUUUGAGGCGGAUCCCUACCGGGCUUUUGUCACGGAGAACAUGCCAUCGGGAACUACAGUAAUUCAAGUUACCGCUAAUGACCAGGACACAGGGAGCGAUGGGCAGGUGACCUACAGCUUGGAAGCUGAACCCGGCAACAUCAGAGGACUCUUCACCAUCGAUGGUGAGACGGGGUGGAUCACGACACUGAAGGAGCUGGAUUGUGAAGCCCAGGAGACUUACCGUUUUUAUGUGGUAGCCACAGACCACGGCCGGAAAGUCCAGUUAUCUUCUCACACUUUGGUGGAGGUCACCGUCUCCGACGAAAACGAUAAUGCCCCCCAGUUCACCUCAGAGGUCUACAAAGGUUCGGUGACUGAGAACGCCGAGCCUGGUCAGAUCAUCGCCACGUUCAGAACCACAGACGCGGAUCUCUCCGAGCAGAACAGACGGGUCACAUGUUACAUCACUGAAGGGGACAUGCUAGGGCAGUUCAGUGUGAAACAGGCAGAGGACGAGUGGAGAAUCGUUUCCAAGAAGCCUCUCGACAGGGAAGAGACAGAGAAAUAUCUCCUCAGGGUCACGGCGUCCGACGGGAAAUUUCAAGCUGUCACGGAAGUGGAGAUUUUCGUCCUCGAUAUCAAUGACAACAGCCCUGAAUGCAAGCAGAUUCUCUACACCGGGAACGUCUCUGAAGCUGCGCUCCCCGGGGUUUUCAUUUUGAAAGUAUCAGCCACCGACCCUGAUGUUGGCAGCAAUGCGCAGAUAACGUACAGCCUCCAUGGUCCUGGGGCUGAGGAGUUCAGACUGGACCCACACACAGGGGAGCUGACGGCCUCUGCACCUCUAGACCGGGAGCAGAAACCGACGUACCAUCUUGUCGCCAAGGCAACAGAUGGCGGAGGCCGCUCCUGCCAGGCAGAUAUAACCCUAGUCAUAGAGGAUGCGAACGACAAUGCUCCACGGUUCUUUCCCAGUCAUUGUGCGGUUGCUGUCUUCGAUAACACCACCGUGAAGACACCCAUUGCAGUGGUCUCAGCCAGGGAUCUCGACGAAGGCUGCAAUGCAGAGGUGAUUUAUUCUCUCACUGACUCAGCCAAUGGAUUCUUUUCAAUCGAGGAAGCUACUGGGGUGAUCCGGCUCGAGAAACCCUUAAAGGACACUCCGAUUCUAGCAUUUGAGCUGACGGUUUGUGCAACAGACCGGGGUUCCCCGCACCCCCUCUCUGCUCUCAGCACCGUCACGGUCUCUGUGGUGGAUCUGACUGAAUACCUGCCGGUUUUCCUGAGCACUGAAUAUGUGGCCACGGUAGCGGAAGACGUGGCCGUGGGCACUGAGGUGCUCGACCUGUCCACGCUGACCAGGGAUGGCGCUGAGAGCACGGAGAUCAAAUACGGAAUCGUGAAUGGGAACGACCAGGGGAAAUUCCAGAUCAACUCAAACACAGGUCGCUUGUCCGUUAGUGGGAGCCUGGAUUUUGAAGGGAGCCACGAGUAUUACUUAUCUGUGGAGGGCACCAGGAAGGGCUCUGCCUCUCUCAGUGACAUCAUCAUGGUGGUGAUUAACAUCACUGAUGUCAAUGAUCACGGGCCAAAGUUCACCCAGGAUCCUUACUUCACCAAAGUCCGCGAGGAUGCUGCUGUUGGGGAAACCAUCCUUACGGUGUCAGCCGACGACCUGGAUGGGGUGAUGAACAAUCAGCUCACCUAUGCCAUUGUGGGCGGGAACCCACUGGAACACUUUGCCAUCCACCCCACGAGCGGGCAGAUCCGUACUGCCACGCACCUGGACCGGGAGGAGAUUCCCAGCUACUCCCUGACGGUCCGCGCCACAGACAACGGGCAGCCUGCGCGGUUCGGCGACGCUGCGGUGUGCGUCCGGGUGACAGACGUCAACGACAACCCGCCCAGGUUCUUCCAGCUCAACUACAGCAUGGUGGUGCAGGAGACUGCUCCAGUUGGCACCAGUGUCCUGCAGCUGAUCAUGAGCGACAGAGACUCCCCGGAGAACGGGCCGCCGUACACAUUCCAGAUCACCGAGGGAAACGACGGGAAAGUCUUUAGUGUCACGCAGGACGGCCUGCUGGUGACAUCCUCUCUUCUGAACAGGAGAACAAAAGAGCAGUACCUCCUCCAGGUCCAGGUCUCAGACAGCGGGAUCCCUCCUCUUUCGUCCUCUGCCUUUGUAAACAUCCAGGUGAGCGAGCAGAGCCGCUACACGCCCUCGGCGCUGCCCCUGGAGAUAUUCGUCACCACCAACGAGAGCGCCUUCCGAGGCGGCGUGCUCGGCAAGAUCCACGCCACCGACCGCGACCCCCACGACACUCUGGUGUACACCUUGGCGGCCGAAGUGCCCCGCGAGGGGCGUUUCUCCGUGGGGGCUACCGACGGCAAGAUCGUCGCCGGCAAGAAGCUUCCUAACGGCCACUACGCCCUGAACGUGACGGUCAGCGACGGCACCUUCCAAACCACUGCCACCGUCAGUGUCCGCGUGUGGUGCUUCAGCCAGGAGGCCCUGGACAAGGCCGUGGUGCUGCACUUCCGGCACCUCUCCCCCGAGGAGUUUGUGGGGGACCAUUGGCGCAACUUGCAAAGGUUCCUGGGAAACACCCUGCUCACGAGACGGCAGAACAUCCACAUGGCCAGCCUACAGCCCGCGGUGGCCUCCGACGGCGUGGAGCUCCUUUUGGCCGUCGGAGAGCCCCACGAUGCCUUCUACGAGCCUCGCGCUCUAGCGAGCAAGAUUUCUCUCUUGGCUGGGGAGAUGGACCAGCUGGUAGGGCUGCAGCUGAGGAAGGCGAUUCACGUGCCAUGUCAUGGGCCAGAUUGUGCUCGGCGGGUCUGCAAGGAGACAAUCCGGCUGGACCCGGGUACGGUGUCCACCUACAGCACCGCCCGACUCAGCGUUCUCACACCCCGGCACAGCGUGGAGCAAAUUUGUUCGUGCAAUGGCACAGCCGUGAGGUUCAGCGGACACAGCUACAUACGGUACCAGCUCCAGGAGAGAGGAGACUGGCAAAUGCAGUUCCGCUUGAAAACCCACCAGCUUCACGGUGUUCUGCUCUUCCUCAACGGGACCGGGACUGCCGUUCUGGAGCUCGUGAACGGAGUGCCUCAUCUCGGACUCCGCUGCCACGGCAAUAUCACCGGGAACCUCUCCUCCCUGGCAUCUCUGAGUGACGGAGAGUGGCACUCGGUCCUCCUGGAAGUGAAACGCGCAUCCCUCCGCUUGCUCGUCGACAGCUUGGGAAAUGCGUCUCUCUGGCUGCCCGCGGCCUGCAGUGUCUCUCCUGCCCGGUGGGAUCUGCUCCUCGGGGGCAUCGUCCAGUCCCGCCAGCCCCUGCGGGUCACUCGGGGGUUCAGAGGCUGCCUGGAUGCGGUCAGAAUCGACCGCGAAGACGUGAUGCUCCUGCCGGGGGAGAAGCAGGCCAAGGGGAUCGUGGACGAGGCAGGGACAGAGCCGUGCUGCUCGCACUCGGGCGCCUGCAGCAGCAGCCCCUGCCUCAACGACGGGAUGUGUGCCCAGACCCCCGGAGGAGGUUACACUUGCAUCUGCCCGGGGCAGUUUUCUGGCAACCGCUGUGAGCUCGGGGACAGCCCGUGUGAAUCCACGCCCUGCUUGCAUGGCGGGACCUGCCUCCACUCCGAAACAGGCUUCACCUGCCUCUGCCCGCAGUGGUAUCUCGGGGAAAGGUAAGACCAAGGAGCGGCUUUCGGUUGUGUUCCCCGGGGCACAGCCCUCGGCUUCCAAAACACCUUUAACCUUGGGCGCUGUUUCUCCUGGCUGAGGGGAGCUCCUAGGAGCAGCCGUGUCCCCAGUCAUGACCUUGAUACCCCAUCCAGCCCUGGCCAGGCUCA